UGUAUCUGCUCUAGUAGGUUUUGAGUAAUACACAUUUCCAAAUAUAGAAAUCAUGCUUUUAAAAAUAAUUUAGAUUUUGAAGUUUAUUUGCGCUGAUUUUCAUACACAUAGAUUGAAUACUUACAAUUGUAAAGAUGAUUUUGUUGUGAACUUUAUCUAUACAUCUUUGUUCUAUAUCUAUGUUAUUUUGUCUAUUGUAUUUGCAAUGUUGAGUCUAUAAACUCAUAUUUCAUUUUAUACAAGUUAUCUCAAAUCAAAGUAGAACACAAUCAAAGAGGAAAAAAUUUGGUGAUCAAGUUUUAGUAUUUAUGAACCUGGGGAUACUUUCUAAGUAUCUGAAAUCGUUCAUGGUCACGAAGACCUAUGGAUCGUUUUGGUAUUACCGUAUGUUGUUGUUUUCUUGUUUCUCAUGAAAAUUUCGCUUUUCUCUUCAAAUGGACCAAUUGCUUUGAAAUUUUCAGUGGUUAAAAAUUGUAUUUGUUGCUAGAAAGCUAUUACUUUUAUUCAAUUAAGAAUUUCUGUGGGCCCCAUGAAUUUUUGUGUAAUGCUGUCAUCAAAAUGAAAAAUUGUGCACCCUGUGGCAGUUCCCCUUUCUGGUUGUCAGUUAAAGUCCGGAAGUGUAUGUAUCGGUACUGCUAAAGAUAUCAUACUUGUAUUACUUGGCCUUUGUGUCCAUAUAUGUGAGCAUUGCUUCCUUUUGUUAUAUACAGAUGACUAUUGUCAUUUUUGAGAAUAAUCUAUUUUUCAAAAUAUUUGAUAUAUUCUAACAAAUAUGUAAACACAAAAUACAGUGAGUAAAAAAUGUUGACCUACAUUCUAUUUAUUGCUUAUGGCAGAAGAAAUCUUACAACUAUAGUUUCUAUUCUCUCAAACUAUUCUUUGGGUCAGUUUCUAAUAUUUUUCUGUGGUCAGUGAUUUUGUUAAUGUCUGCUAAAGAGUAUUAACUUUUUUGAGAUCAGUAACAAUGUACAGUUUUGAUUUUCACGUUUGAUAUUGAUUUAAUUCUUAAUUGGUGAUAGUGUUAUUAGACUAUAAGUCAUUUUGUAUUACUCAAUUGCUAUUCAGUUAUUGUUCAUUUCUGCGCUUUGAUAAUUUUUCACUUUUAAUUUUAUUAUUAGCCAAGAGAAUACCAUGUUAUUCUACAGGUUUUUAAAUCCAUUUCUAUUCUCUUUCUUUAAGAUAUUCACAUAUCACUUCUAUUCCUCUGUUUUUGUAUACAGUUCUCUUUCUCUUGAUGAUUCUAUAGUCAAGUUCCGGAAAUGUUGAAUUAUAUUAUUCUUGUGUUCUUUGUGAAAUAUUAUUUGUAUCAUAUAUUAUAUAAAAGUUUCUGUAUGCUGUAGUUUAUACUGUUGUUUGGGAAGUUGAGGUAUUCUUUGCUAAUUGAGUAUUAAACUGCUCAGUCAUAAACUUCCUAUCAUUAUGUUUAUGAAAAACAAAAUUCAAUGUUAUUACUUAAUAUAUUUCUUGUUGUGAUUUAAUUAGUAUCUAUUACUAUUAAAAUAUUUUAUCCAUGUUGUUUUGUCUGUAAUCAAGUUCCAAUUGUUGGUAAUAUACUUUGAUAUUGUUUGAAAGUCUGCAUUCUUCCAUCAAGUUGACCAACAAAUUAUUUCAUUAGAAAAAUAACUCCACCUGAGUUGGCUAUCUCUGAAUCAUGUUUGUGGUAUUUUAAAUUUUUUUUUCCUGAUAUUUGCGGGGGAUAUUAAAUGAUGAUUCUUGUAUAUUCUAAUUGCUGAACCUAUUUGUUAUAUUCAGAUUUUUAUGUAAAAUAAUAAUAUAUCAGGAAGGUAUUAUGGAGUUUGACUAUUUAUGGAAUAUUAGCUAUCUGAUAUAGUAACCGAAUCUUGCAUGGCCUUACUUUGUGGAUUAAUAUUAGCCAAGAUAUAAACUACUGCCUACAUCAUGGGAAUAAAUAGAUUAGAGGACUUUGAAGUGAAAAGUAAGCAUAUUUGUCAUAAACUGAAGAAGAGCAAUUGCAGAUUGAAGUCUUGUAGUGAAAAAAUGAAAAAUCUAGUACUGGAUAGUACUGGAUCUCUGCAGAACAGACAUGAAAAGGAAAUGAACCUCAUUGAUUCUAAUAAAGGAUGGUUGUAUCAUUUCACAGAUAAAGAUCCAAAGGUACGACGACACUUCUGGUGUGUUGAUGAUGAAUAUGUCACAGUUUUCUUGACAGAAAGUGAAUCAUUGUUUUUCAAGAAAAUUUCAUUAGCAAGCAUCAAAUCAAUCAAAGAGAGCAAGAAGUCCAAGUGCUUGUUCAAGCUGGUUCUAUCCAACAUGACUAUUUUUGUGACUAGCAGUGAUUCUGAAAAGUAUAAAAUGAUUCUGAUGAACCAUUGGUAUAAUAUGCUUAAAGAGGCCCAUUCUGCCGCAGUAAAACGGGAGAAUACUGUGCUACCUCUUGAACAAAAAAAACUCUCAAAACAUGGAAGCAUUUUCAAGAAACUUCAGUUUUCUCUGGAACUAGGGGAUACGACGUAUGAAGCAAAGAAACAUUUGCGUGAACAGAUCACUAGUAAUGGAGGACAAAUUUCCUAUAUUUUAAAUGGAAAUACUGAUUAUCUGAUUGUGUGUGAGAGAAAAACUUCCACAUCGAGUAAGUCCUACAAAAUUCACAAGGCAAGAGAACUAGGAAUACCCAUUGUGAGAGAGAUCUUCAUAACAGAAUGUAUUGAAAACGAUAAAAUUGUUGAUUUUCUGGAUUACGUUCAUGGAAAACCAAUUGUUGAGAGUUAUUCUGCUGGGAAAAUAUUGGUUUCCAAGGCAAAGCCGAAGGAGCCUUCUGAAAGAUUCGAAGUAGAAAAAGUCAUUAAAUAUAAAGUUGAUGCUGGAGACUGCCCUGUUUUUCCAGAUAAUUUCCAAGUAGCCAAAUACUCUAUUCUCGCAAAAAUUACUGAAGAAAGAACACCAAAUGAUAUGUAUUGUGUUGAAACACAGGUUGGGUUACACGAUAACUGCAAAACAAUAUUUCGCGUCAUGGUUUCCUAUAAAAAUGUCAGUGGUGUAUCAUUUUGUCAUGUUUAUCCUGUGCAAACUUCAUCAGAGGUGGUUCAGUGUUAUGAGUCCUUGGUAAAGCAGUUUAUCGCUGAUGGAUUCAAGAAAGUCAUUGGAAUUCCUGGCGAUGGGUUCUCUGGAAUUGCUUCUGCUCCACUGAGUUUGCUUUUAAAUGAAAUGAAAAUUUCAUCUGGAAUUAUUCAUCCUGAGGUCGCUCGAUUGGUAGAAUCUGCGUGGUUAGAAUCUCUUUGUGAAAUAAUGACAAAUUUUGGUGUUGAACCUUUUACUAUACAUCAUGAACAAAUUAGGAAUGCAAUGAUUGUUCUGAUGCAGAUAAAAAAUUCAAUCAAAAGAAAAAGUUUUAAAUUGGAAUUAUCAAAUAAGUUUUACCAGUUUAUUCCCCAAAGAGAUGGUAGGAAGGAACUGAUAGACAACAUGCAAAAGAUCACAAAAAUGAGGGAAUUAUGCCAGCUUUUGAAAGACAUAACCUUGUCCAAUGAAACUUCUUGGAUUUCUAAAGACUUCAAUGAUCGCCUGUCACAAUAUACCGCAUUGAAGUGUGCUAUAAUGUGGAUUGACUCGAAAGAAAAAGAAUAUAAACUCAUCAAAGACUUACUUCCUGAUAAUAUCGAUGGAAAAGGAUACAAAGUACAAAAUAUAUUCAGAGUCAGUCGCUCUGUUGAAAACUCGCAGUUUAAAUCAGAUAUUGGCAAUACUAAACUUCUAUUUCAUGCAUCCCAUCCUCACAAUUUUGUUGGUAUUUUAUCGAGAGGUUUAAUGUUGCCACUCACACUGUCUAGUGAGUAUGGAGUCUCAAGAAGUGAUGAAGGAAACCUUGGCGCUGGAAUUUAUUUCUCAGAUUCAUUUGAAAUGUCUUUGAAGUUUACAGCUCGAAGCCAAAGUCGUGGUUCCAGAAUAAUGCUUGUUAAUGAAGUAGCACUGGGAAAAGUAUUUUAUACAAAGAAUCCCAUGACUGAUUUGAUAGUCGCGCCAGAAGGCCAUCAUAGUGUAAAAGGUACAGGUCUAACAAAAUUUGAUGAUGUUGACGACAUUGCAUCUCAUGCUUCAGAAUACGCGAUAUAUGAUGCAAGGCAACAGAAGUUACGCUACCUUAUUGAAUUUACAACGACUGAUGACAUCAUGACUAUUUAUGACAGAGUUCCAGUCCAUUUACCUUUUAAACAAAAAGAGGAUAAGCAGGUGAAUGAAACAGUGGGUGAUAAUGAGAAUUUUGAACCAAAAGUUGAGGAAGUUAGAUAUGGCCUGAUCAUGGAAUCAAAAGAUAUUUCUGCAAUAUUAGAGGAAGUUCAUAUCAGAGCAAAAGUUAUUGAUUUGGUGUCAGAAGUCACUAUUUUUCAGUCUUACAUCAAUAUGACCAAUAAAACUGUUGAAGCAAAAUAUGUUUUUCCUCUCACUGAAAACGCCGCUGUAUGUGGAUUUGAGGCUUUUAUAAAUGACAAACAUGUAAUAGGAGAAGUCAAAGAGAAAGAACAAGCUCAAAAGGAAUAUAAAAAAGCAGUAAGCGAAGGUCAUGGAGCUUAUUUGAUGGAUGAAGAGAAACCUAAUGUAUUUUCUGUUAGUGUUGGUAACAUUCCUCCUGCAGCUCGCGUAAUCAUUAAAAUUAGUUAUGUUGCUGAGCUCGAAACUACUAACGAACCCGACAGUAAUGUUUUGUUUACAUUACCAGGAAGCAUUGCUCAAUGGGAGGAAAAAUCUGUGUUGCUUUCAAGUUCUGCUACUCAAGAAGUUACGGAAUCAACUUCUGUUUCAAAUGAGAAAAAAUCUUCAGUUAUAAUAUCAAUUGAUAUGCCGUUUGAUAUUCUGGAUAUUACUUCACCUACUCAUAAAAUUGUGACGAAAAAGACAUCUACGAAGGCUUGUGUAAAACUGCAAAAGUCAAUUCACCUGGAUGGAAAUAAUUUUCAUUUGCUGAUCAAAGUAGCUGAAAUUCAUGUUCCUCGUAUUUGGAUUGAAAAAGAAAAUGAAGAAAGCAAAGAUCAAGUUGCAAUGGUGACUUUUUUUCCUGAAUUUGAAUUUGAUGCAGUAGAGAAUUUCAAUUGCACUGUAAUGCUGGAUAUGUCGAAUUCCAUGGAAGGAUCUGCGGCAUCCCAUUCCAAGCAUUUGUGUUCAUUGCUGAUCGACAAUUUGCCAGAUCAAUGUGAUUUUAAUGUCAUCUCAUUUGGGUCAUAUUUCGAAGAGACGUUCAUUAGAUAUGAAAAUGCUUCGACUACUUCUAAAAAACAAGCAAAAGAUUUUAUUACAUGUUGUACACCAUCUUUUGGAGGAUCCGAUCUUUUUUACAUUCUUAAUUCAGUAUUCCUACUUCAAAAUAAUUCAUGCAAUAAUGAGUUACAUAAUAUAUUCCUCUUUUCUGAUGGUCAUUUGUCUGAAGAGGAAAGACUGCUUGGGCUUUGUAAGGAAAUUUCAAAAACCAGUCAUUGUCAAACAAGAAUUUUUACAUUUGCUGUUGGAAAUUCACCAGAUAAUCACACUCUACAGAGUUUAUCUAUAUUAACUGGAGGUUCACAUGAACAAUUCUUAUCUUCAUCAAAGAGGACAUGGAAAAGACAAUUAAACAAUCAACUAUUCAAUGCUAAACAACCUGCAUUAACUGAUGUACAUAUUGAUUGGUGCAACUAUGAUAAGGAAUUCGAUGGUUUUCAAGAUCCAACUGUUUUGCAGGUUCCAGAAAAAGUAAAAUGUUUGUUCAGUGGAUCUCAACUUGUCGCAUACAGUUAUGUUCCAAACUGUCUAAAAGCAACUCUGAGUGCUAAUAUUAAUGGAAAAGAGUUUUCUACAAUGGUAAAUGCAAACGAAUUAUGCAAAAUCACUGGAAUGACAUUGCACAGACUUGCAGCAAAAGCUGUGUUCAAGGAACAUGAUUGUGGUAGACUUGCUGAUGAUGCUUUGUGUGAUCAGAUGUUGAAAGAGGAAAGAAAGUCAAUUAUUAUUUCAUUGAGUGUUAAAUACUCGGUUGUUUCAAAAUAUACAAGCUUUGUUGCUAUUGAGAAAAGAAAACCUGGAGAAGAUUUAAGCAUAACAUGUGGACCAUCUCUGUCUGAUCUUGUUGAUGAAUCUUUUAUUGAUAUCAUUUCUGAAGUAACAUGGGGGGCUGAAGAGAAGUCUGUGGAAGAAAAUGUAGAUGAACUACUGAAGAAGUCCUUGCAAAUGCAAUCAAGUUCUAUACUGCAAUCUCGGAAUUUAGUUCUGGAAGCAAAAGCAUUGCAUAGCACAUUGGAAGAAAAAGAUCCCCUGAGGAAAUUACGAAUUUUUGCAACUUUAUGUAAAUUGAAUGUGUUCGAGGAUAAUUUCAAUGGAUGGACUGAAAUGAAGAAUUUGUUGUUGACAAGAGGCAAAGUGUUGAAUUUUGAUGUGAUAAAUGCUAUCACAAAUGCUGAGGAUUUGACUUUCCUACAAGAUUUGUUUGUUGUAUUCAAGAGUUGUUUUCCUGAACACUGGACAAUCCAACUUAGUUCUGUUCCAAAAAAGUUUCAAGCACUUUCUGUUGGCGCUUUUUCCGAAAUUGUUGGUUUUUGUGAAGAUUUUCCAGACUGUUUUGAAAAGGUCUCCAUAUUCUGGGAAAAGUUUCGCAAGAUCUCAUGCCAUGAUGAAAAGGCAGAUAAAAAUCUUUAUUUUAAAACAAAAGAAUUGAUCAGAACAUUCAAAUCUUCCAUUCUCCCGCUGCAACUAUCAGAUAUAUCUGAAUAUAUUGAAAAAGAGAAGACUGUCGUUGGGAGACUGUGUGCAAAAUCAAGGCGUAGUUCUUUCCUGCACAGGCCUCAUAAAACUUCUUUGAUGUCUGAAUCAAGUGCUAACAAAUCAUCUGCACCAAAAGUACAUUCUGAUCAAACAGAUCAUUUCGGGGGUAUUCCCACUGGAGUUGAAGGCACUGUUAGCGAUGAUAUAAAUAGGAAUGUUGGUAAAGCUGUUAUUUUUUCUCCACAGUCUCCAUUGAAAACAGUUUCCGUUCGACGAUCGAGAUCUAUGAAGAAGAGAGUUAUUAGUAAAUACACUCCAAUGCGUAAUGAUUCAGAACUUAGUCCUACAUCACCAGUUAUCAGUGAGAAAGCACAAUCUUCAGCUUUCCACAAUAUUUCUUUAAAGUCAGCUCAGUUUAAAGUUCAGCGAAGACCAAUUGCAUCUAUAGAUGACUGCUUGUGUCUGCCAGAUGUGACUCAGACAUCUUUUCAAGACCUCCAUCAUGACCUAAAAUUGUUAUCCAAUUAUGAUGAUCUUUUGUCUGCUGCUUCAAAGUCUGACGAUGCACAGCAACAACUUAAUUAUGAAGACUUCUUUUCAGAUCCAUGUACUCAAGAAAUUGAAAGUAUCAGUGUGAGUGAAUUUUAUGGAUUUCCAAGUCAGUUAGAGGUAAAAACGGACUCCAUUGGAGUGUUGGAAAAAGAAGAAUUAAAAUCAUCGUAUAGUGAAACGAUGCAAUCCUCAAAAUCUAGUUCUAAUGGUAGCUGGUUAUCUAGGUGCGAUGAUGAACAUAAACAAGUUAAUAAUGUUUCACAUGGAGUUCGUUAUGUACCGGAUUAUUUAUCUGAAGAGAUGGAACCAGACGAAAAUGAAGAAUAUUUUGAAGAUUUUCUUUCUCCAAUAAGCACAAGUUCGUUUUGUGAUACAUUUUAUACUGAUCUUGAGCAUGAUAAAUAUGCCGAUGCAUCCAACAUUCUCGGAACAAUAAUGAAACGAUUUAAUCUCUCUGAGAGUAAAUUAGUGGAUGGUCUUGAACAUUGUGCAACACUUGGUGGAUUUUGGAGGUUUCCAGAUGAAGAAACAAUUUCUUCUAAUGAGCUAUCUCCAGCUGAAUAUCAAAUGCUUUCAUUAUUUCGCAAUGUUGUAAUCUCGGCAGGUGCUCAAUCUCUUGGCAGUCAAGUUUUAUCAUUAGUCACAGACAUGUUGUUAACUGCAAUUGUUUUGGAAAUUCUUAAGCUUGUCGACGAUGGAAAUAACAUGAUUGUGAAGAAUAUGCUUGAGCGUGGCAAAAAAUGGUUAAAAUAUGUCGAUACAUUAAACCCAUCUCUGUAUAAACGACUUGAAUUAGGUUCGUCUUGGGAAAUGGCAGCAAAGUUGGUGAUCAAUCAAUUAUCUGAGAAGCUGCUGGAAGUAACAGAUAUAGCAAUGCAGUCCAAAUAGUGAACGGAAAAUUAUUUUUGUGUAGAUUGCAGGGUUACUUUUUAUUAUUUCGAAGUUCCCAUUUUGUGCAAAUUGGCUAUGGACUCUUGUGAUAUGAAUGGAGUACGGGAUAUUAUUUUCGUUGCCCAUAUAUUUUAUUAUUGGAUAAAUUGUAGAAUUUUUAAUGAAAGUACCAGCAAUUUCUUUAAUUUUGUCUUUCUUAUAUAGCAUGAUGUAAUGUAUCAGUAUUUUAAUUUAAAUGCCAUGUUUGGUGCCUUAAUUAACACUGUUGUGCAUAUA